CGUACUGAAACUGAGUUUAAGGGGACUUUGAAAUCUUCAUAAAAUGUGGGCUCUGGGAAAUCCGCACCGCCUGCAUCUCAUAAUUUGCAUAUUGAAGAUCGAUAUAAUUAUAUAGAAAUGUAUACUCAUCACAUUUGUAAGGGGGCGUUAAUCUGCUGUACACAUACAAAUUUAUUUAUUCUCUGUCCGUUGCCUGUGAUAUACUUUAAGGUUUAAUGUGAAACUGCACUGCAGCUUGUUUCUUGUAAAUUAAAAGUUCAAAGUUGGGUUUUUUUCUACCAGAAGAGCUAAACAUUAGUUUUUGGUGGCCAGUUAGACAGCAUCCACAGCACAAAACACAGCUUUGAUUUAAAAAUCACUUCCUCGUUUUGGUAUUUAUAGCAUUAAGGAAAUAAUCCCGGUUAUUUUGUGUUAAGUAUUAUUAAGAUUAUGUAGAGAACAGAGUAUUUUAUGACUGGCCGUUUAGACUGUUCGCCAUCUUGUUUUGUCAUGGUUAUUUUUUCAGAAAAUGAACCAUGCAUUUAAUUGUCUCUUUGAAACCAGCCCAAGCUUUUGUUGUGCACAAUGUGUUUAAGGCCAGCCUCUACAGCCAGUGCACUGGUGUGUGUUUUGUUUACAAAUAAUGUUUUACAGAAAACACACAAGAACAAGAUCUGAGCAUAGUAUUUGAUAUAGCUCUGCCAAUAAAUUAUAGCUCUGUGCAUUUUGAUUUUACAAUCAUCUUAAAAAGUCAUCGCAUCAGAACAUUAAAAUGCCUCCCUGAAGGCCACAGGAAAAAUGAAAGACCGAUUAAGUGAUCUGUUGGAAUUCUCCAAGAACUCCUCUCAGGAGAAAAGUCCUGAUGAAGUGGACGAUAAUGUGGAGUUGGUACAAGAGGCCAUUGUCUUCGAUGAGGACCACAUCAUGGAAGAAGUGUAUAAAGAGGUGCAGGCAGUGCGCCGUGAGAACGAGAUGCUCAGGGUGGACAUUAAAAGGCUGGGUAAGCAGAACACCCGUUUCCUGACUUCUAUGCGGCGCAUCAGCAGUAUCAAGCGAGACUCCAGCGCCAUUGCCCGGGACAUCAAGACCAGGGGGGAAGGCAUCUACAAGCGGCUGCAGAAGAUGGAAGCCUUCAGUAAGGAUAUGGAGGCCAAGUAUGGUGUCAACUCUGCUCUGUCACGCAUAGUGCGGGCCCAGCACCUGUCCCUGUCACACGGUUUCCGCGAUGCUAUGUUUGAAUACAACGAGGCCGAGAUGCUACAACGGGAGAACUGCAAGACCCGCAUCCAGAGGCAGCUGGAGAUCAUGGGCAAGGAUAUCUCGGGGGAACAAAUCGAGGAGAUGAUCGAGAAUGGCAAGUGGGACGUCUUCUCUGGAAACCUGCUGACCGAUGGCAAGGCGGCCCGCUCAGCCCUUAACGAAAUUGAGAACCGGCACAAAGAGCUGCUGGAGCUGGAGAGCCGCAUCAGGGAUGUUCACGACUUGUUCCUGCAGAUGGCCUUGUUGGUGGAGGAGCAAGGAGACAUGCUGGACAACAUUGAGACGAAUGUAUUGGAAACCGCGAAUUACGUGGGAGAGGCCAAGAUUCAGAUCAAGAAAGCUGUGGAGUACAAGAGAAAUAACCCUUGCAAGAAAUUAUUCUGCUGCUGUUUCCCUUGUUGCCAGUGAGUGAAUGUGCUGUGGAUUCUUUUUUUUCUAUAUGAGGGUGCCCCCCUAUCCAGUGGUGACUUUUAUCAAACUGGUGCAUGACAGAGAAUUUCUAUUGCUCUGUAGUCCCUACACCCCAAAGACGCUUAAGACCUGCAACGUCCUAUAAAAAGGGAAACCUGUAUCACAAGUAUGUAAAUUGUUUGGUGGUUCUGUGCAGUGGUAUUGACAAGGGAGCAACAGGAAGUCUGUAAAUGUGUUAAUAAUAUGGAUACAUAUUAACUACAAACAACAUCUGAAUGAUAAUACAGUCAAGUGCACUUGCUUGUUUGCAACUUAUUUCUACAAUAAAAGAUACAAAGGAACCUGUUAAAGCUCUUAUUUUGUCUGUAGUUACUGCAGGCUACCACCUUUUUGCUGUGGUUUCCAACAACAGGAACUGUUGAGUUGUGAGCUCUAAAAAAUGUUCACCUGCUUUUCCAUGCCAUGUAAGUGGAUUCAUUUGAGUCAUUCAGAGGUAAUAUUUAAUAAUAUCCAAUUAUUUACUGUACUGUACAUAGCGGGACUCGUGCCAAUAAUAGUGGCAAAUGUAGGGGCUCGGUGUUUUGACAUCCAGAUGGACUUCUAACUACAGGGAGUCUCUACAGCAUGAAACACAUUAACAUUUAAAAACGUCCUGUUUUUUUUUUUUAAUACUGUGCUUUCUUAAACUUAAAGCUAAUCACUUUUUAGACUAACAAAAUCAGCAUAAAGUUAACAAGACAGUAAACAGUAGUAGAUAUUAGAAGAUGAACUUACUUGUGACAAAACAGUAAAAUAAGGAAAUCCAUAUCCAGCUGAAGCAUGGCACAGUGAUAGAAAAAAAGUUCAAAGGACACAUUUCUCUGUGACUUUCACUUGUUUAAUACAUUUUAAUGAUAAUUUUGUAAAUAUGCAAUCAUGUUAAGUAGAAUGUUUACAAGGUUUUAUGAUAAUCCCAGACCCUGAAAAAAAUACAUCCACAUCUGAAUGUAAUUUAAUAAAAUUUCAAAUGUAUUUGCCCACGCACUUUGUAUUUGUUAAAAUUAAGGGAAUUAUGUGUUAAUUCCCAGCUCCUCCCACAGCUACACCUUGAUGUGUAAUAUUGCACAAUAUUGAUUCUUCAAAUGACAGUGAGCAAGUUAAACCUACACCCAUAGAAUUCAGCCAGAAUCCACGUGGAAUCAUUUUAACAAUCUGUUCCUGUCAUCUGAUGCAGUGUCAGAAGAUACUGCUGACAGCCAAUGUCUUUGAUCGACAGUACUACAGACAUUGUGCUUAUGAAGCAGCAGGGAAGCAGUGUAUGUUGCUAUGCUAGUAGGAUGGAUCAUGUUAGAUUGUCCUAUAUAACCUUAACGAUGAUUCACCAAGGAGGUUGGGACUGUAGCUAUAAUCUCAAUCAUUUUGAAUAUUACUGGAUUGCUCCAGUCCCAGACUCAAACUCUUUAAGUAAAUCAAAAAAAAAAAACUACAUUUUAAACAGAAGCAGUUUGUAUUGCUCUUAUGUGUGACAGAAGGUAAUAGAGAAAACUCUAGCAGUGUAUGUGUAUGUGAGAGAGAGUUUGUUGCAGUUUAAUUGUGUUUAAUACAUACAGUUUAAUACAUACAGUACUGUUUUGAUACGUACAGUUUAAUACAUACAGUAUUGUUUAAUACGUACAGUUUUCCUGUUCCAGAGGUAGAUAUUUUGCACAAAUAUGACAGUCACGGUGGCGUUUGUGACGUCAGGCAGGAAAAACAGUUGCUAUUUAAUUCUAUAUUUUUGUUGGCACAGUACAGUUGAAAUGUAUAACACAUACAAUUUUAAUUACGUUUAGCAAAAAUAUACAUUCGUAAAAUGGUACUACUUAUUACAUCUUGCCCGUAUGUGAAUUUACCAGUAUUUAUGUAUCUGACGGGGACAACAAACAUUUUUUAACAUUUGACAUGUCUACACAGAGUAAAUAUUUAAGGUACUUAUGUUCGCAGUUACAUACAGCAUUUCUAAUUGUGUUUACAACGUACUUCGUUUAUACUGAUUUCCAAUGUCCAUUGGAGUCUGUUAUAACUAGGCUUGCUACGUUUUGAUUGUAAUCGGUAAAGCUCGUAAAACGUCAAAUUCCCCAAAAAUGAGUUCGACUGAAAUAAAUUUAUAUAUGAUAAGCAGGAGAGGGGCGGAGCUCAGAAUAAUAAGUGCAAGUUAGUUCUGUUUGACUAUCUAAUAUUUUGUUCUGUGCAUAUUAUUUUUACUUGUAAAUGUAUGCUAUAAAAGUCUGUGUAAUACACUUUAUAUGCUGCAUUUUCUACGGUUUAUUUGUGUAGGAACUUUAGCUUUACAAGCUAUAGCUCUGCUGUGACCAAACGUUACGUUAUUUCAAUUAGAAUGUUGGUAACCAUGGUUUUGUUGCAUGUUGAAUAUGACAGAGGGGUUUCUCUAAAUGAGACGUUUCUCAAAGACAUUAAAAGUCGGGGGGGCCGGGUUAAGCAUAAAGGUCGAUUUCACACAUGCUCUGCUUGAACUGAAAAAUAAAGAUCGAAAAAAACAAUAAAUUAUUUAAAAAAUAAACGUUUAUAAUAAUCGUUGAUUUGGCAAAACAUAUAUAUUGUAGCAUGCACGAGGAAGGCAGCAGUAGGGCUGGUAUGUGACGUAAUCA